UACAAACCACUCGGCCACGGAGGUCGUCAGAAAGCUAAUAUCAAGUCGCUUCCAUACUAACACUAAAACGCAUCGUGUUGUGAACACUUACCGUGAAUAUUAAGUUUUUUUCAAAACUGUGUCGCCUUGUUCAAACAUUGUUAAAACUGUUCACAUAGAAAAAAGAAUAUUUAUUUUUGACUUCGUAUUUGCUUUGGUGCCACGUAUUGCGUGUUCCGUGCGCUCCAUCUGCCUUUUGUUCUGUAAUCUGAGCCUAGGCAAUUGUGACAAAGUGGCUAAAAUGGAUUUAUGUUUCAUUGAUCAGAGAAUAAUGUGCUCACAUUGUUACAGCGGAUACGAGGGUCAACACACCUGCAUCACUUACGAUGCCGUCAACCAAGCAUACCUCGACGCGAGAAACCGAAUCGUUGUAUCGCAGCCGAAAGGCGACUGGAAACCUGAAGACUUCGCGAGCGUGGGCGAGCUUAUCCUUGACAUCUCCAUCAACUUGGCAAGAACAUAUGGUCUAACAUACGAAGAGAUCGAGAAAGGCCUGCCGUUGAUCGAUACAUCCCGCACCCUGAUAAGGGAAGUGUGUCCACCAGUAUUCUCCCACGUGGAAUGUAGGGCCGGCAAGUACCGAAGACUUGAUGGCCUCUGCAACAACUUGCAGCGUCCUACGUGGGGCGCGACCAACGCUCCAUUCCAAAGGUUGCUGGGCCCGCUAUUCGCUGACGGCAUCAACGCCCCGCGGAUCUCUCACACGGGCCGGGACCUGCCGCUGUCCCGCGUGGUCUCGCGCACCAUGCACCCCGACGAAGGGUUCCACGACCACGCUGGCACCGUCAUGGUCAUCGCGUGGGGACAGUUCAUGGACCACGAUUACACCCUCACUGGCACGCCUCUUGAUCCGAUAAACCGUAACGACCCCGAGGAGUGCUGCAAGCGCCCGCCUCACCUGAAGCAUCCUUACUGCAACGAAAUAAGAGUGCCCGAAGACGACUACUUCUACAGAUUAUUCGGAGUCAAGUGCAUUGAUUUCGUCAGGGGAUUCCCCUCCCCGCGCCCCGGCUGCCGUCUGGGAUCGAGGGUUCCGUUCAACACUUUGACCGGUGCUAUCGAUGGAAAUACCGUAUACGGAGUCACUGAGAAGUUUGCGAGAAAGCUGCGUACAGGCUACGGCGGCUUGUUGCGUAUGAACCCCGUGUUUAAGGAGUAUGGCUUGAGAGACCUUCUCCCUCUGAAACUGGAUAUUCCCGAUGAAGGUUGCACACGACCCAACAAGAAUAUGUACUGCUUUGAAGCCGGUGAGAUCCGAGUGAACGAACAACUGGUUUUGACUGUAAUGCACACACUUAUGGCUCGGGAGCACAAUCGCGUCGCGAACGCCCUCGCUGAAGUCAACCCGCACUGGGAUGAUGAAACCCUGUACCAAGAGGCCAGGCGAAUAAAUAUCGCCGAAAUCCAGCACAUCACGUACAAUGAAUUCCUGCCCAUACUCCUCGGAAAAGACGUUAUGGAGAAGUUCGGUUUAAUUCUCGAGAAAGAGGGAUACUGGGAAGGAUAUGACCCCGAAGUGAACCCUGAUGUUUUGGACGCUUUUGCCGCGGCUGCAUAUCGUUUCGGCCAUUCACUUUUACCGACUGCAGUGGAGAGGUGGUCGAAAGCCCACAAAUUCAUUGCAUCAAAGAGAUUAUCAGAUCUCAUAAGAAGACCAUAUGAUUUAUACAGAGCAGGAGUUUUGGACGAAUACGUCAUGGGCUUAAUGAACCAAGUGGCUCAAGCUAUGGACGACUCUAUCACACAAGAGGUCACCAACCAUCUCUUCAAAAAAGUCGGCGCACGAUUUGGAAUGGACCUGGUGUCAUUCAACAUGCAAAGAGGCCGUGAAUUCGGAUUGCCAGGCUACAUGGAAUUCCGGAAGUUCUGUGGUCUUCCUGGAGCAGAAAGUUUCCAGGAUCUCUUUGGUACAAUGUCCAACGAAACAGUUCGCAAAUAUGAAUCCAUCUUCGAGCAUCCCAUUGACGUGGAUCUGUGGUCCGGCGGUGUAUCUGAGAGACCUCUCCCAGGUUCAAUGUUGGGGCCCACUUUUGCGUGCAUUAUUGCUACCCAAUUUUCUUACUCAAGACGUGGUGACAGAUUUUGGUAUGAACUUCCUAAACAACCUUCGACGUUUACGCCUGAACAGUUAACGGAAAUAAGGAAGGCACGACUAGCGCGAGUGAUCUGUGAUAACACUGAUAUCAUCGACACAGUACAAUUAUAUCCAAUGGUGCUCCCAGAUCAUGAAUUGAACCCACGCGUUCCAUGCAGGAGUGGUAUCAUUCCGUCAAUGGACUUCACUAAAUGGGCUGAACCAGUGCCGUUCCGUGGCUCCGCAAAACAAUUCAUAACUGAUGCACAAAUCAUCAACGAUAAUAAUACAAUUUGUGACCACACUCUGACUACAACACCUGCCGCACGAAAAACUGGCGCUGGUGAUGAAGAAAAUGCACACAAUGAUAGUGAUUGUAAUGUAGAGAGUGUUGUUCAAGAAGCUCCUAACGCAAAUCUUAUUACUUUACAAAUAUCUCUCAAUCACACUACUCUAAAGAAAACUAAUCAGAGUACCCAAGAUAACAUAAUUAAUUGUUCACAAGAUCUGAAAACAGCAACAGACGAAUGUCUCAAACAAUUGUCAAUUUCAAAUGAAAUUCCUAAUACAGAUACUGUAUUGAAAUAUGUCUAUAAGAACGAUGACAAAUCUCUUGUCAACGAAAAAUCUAAACCUCAUCCGUUAAAUAGUUUAAGAAAGAAACGAUCUGUGGAUAAUGAAAACAGAUUAGAAAAUAUAACACCUAACGAAAGUAAAAAUGCUCCACUUAUUGUAAAUUAUGAAACUGUACAUUCACCGGAUAAUGUAGAAUUAGUUGAGCCUUUAGUUAAAAAAUCGGUUCAAAGCGGAGCCCUUGCAGAUUUCAAUAUUGAAACCUUGCAUGCAAAGCAAAAACCUGCAAAGGAAAAUGAAAGCCUAAAAGAAAAUUCUUCAUCUCGAUCAAGUGAAGAAAGUAAUGAAAGCGAUAGAUCAAAUAGUGCCGAAAGUGUUGAAAGAGACAAUUCAUCUGAAAAUAAAGAAGCUAGUAUUGAACGGGAUAACUAUACACAAAACAAAAAGAGCAAUAAAUAUAGGAAUGACGAUAGUUCAAGUCGAGAAAAAUAUGAACCCAAUGAAAGUCGUGAGAAUUACAAUAGUAGAGAAAACGAUAACAUCAAAGAAAAUAAACGACAUUCUCAAGAACGUAGGUAUUCUCCAUAUACUAAAAUUAGCAAUGCUGACAGUCGAGGUAAGGAUAAAAGUUUUGAAAAAUAUGAAGAUAAAGAUAAUUAUCGCCCGAAAAGUAAAUAUAGUGGAAGUAAUGAAAGAGAUUCUGAAAGAUAUUCAAAGCAUAGUGAUGAGUCAAAAGAAAGUCGUGAAAAUAUAAACUCCGCAGAAAAUGAUAAACAAUAUAAAAAUAGUGAAAAAUCAAAAUAUAGCGAAGAAUCGGGUGAGCGGUAUGAUGACAGACAGUCCCAAAAAAAUACAAAACAAUCACAAGAAAAUAGUUCUGAAAUUCAAAAUGAUACUCAAACACCUAACGAUAAAACCAAAGACUAUGUCUCCGAUAAGUUGUCAAACAGUACACAUGAUAAACCAACCUCUAUUCAAGACGUUGACCUUGGUGAUUUUAGCUUUGAGAGAAUUAAAAUCGACGACAAAGGGCAAGUAGUAACAGCAGGUGAAACUGAUGAUAAUAAAAAAUCACUAACUCUUCAGUCCAAAUUAAAAACAGAAACUCCUCAAUCGAGUGAACAAAUAUCAUCAGCAUCAGCAGAAGAAGUAGUGGAACCGAUCAAUCAUAAAUAUGAAAAUGACAGACCACCUGUACACAUAAAUGAUGGAGAAAUAAAACCAGUAGUAGAAUUAAAUAGUGAUAAUAAUGAAUCGCCUGAAGAAAAUACAAGCCAAGCCUUAAAAGCGGAAAAAGAUGAAAGUUUAGAAACUCUUCUUGGUACAAAAGAAAAUGUAAAUGAAAAAAGUGGAGAGAUUACUUCUGAUAAUAAGGGAGACGAAAAAGGUGAUGUAAAGCAGGAAUUUGAAAGAAUUCCUGUAAAUUACAAACACAAAAAUGAAAAUGAAAAAGCGAAUGACCAGAAGGUGAAAAAUAAUGAUGAAUCUAAAACAGCAGAUAAUAUUCUAAAUAAUCCUGUUAAUGAAGGAAGUCUAGAUUCUUUAAAACCAAUAGAUGUUAAUUACGACGAACACUUGAAGUUUAAAUUCGAUGAUAUUGGUAUUAAAUUGCCAACAAUAAAACUACCUGAUGACGUUUUAGAUUAUGAGUAUGAAGAGCCAAGUUAUCAUAGUAAAAAUGACAAGGAAAAAGACAGAUUUUACCAAUACAGUGAUGAAUUGGGUACUGAAAAGCCAAACAAAGAGUCUUACAAAAACCAUGAUGAUGAAAGUGAUAAUGAUGACCAUAGUUAUUAUGGAUACUAUGGGAAAGAAAAUAAAAAACAGGAAUACAAAAAGAAAAAAGGUGGUCGUAGAGAAGAUGAAGAGGAUCAUGAAGGCGAAGAAGUGGCGGAAGAUGAAGAAGAUCAUGAAGAUUUGUAUGAAAGAUUCGUUCGUGAACGUUUUGGCAAAACAGGAUCAUUCCAGGAAAGAUCAGAAAAGCUGCGAGAUGCCAGAGUUGUGCCAAACGAUGCAAAAUUAUACGAUAAUGUUAAAAAUAUACUAAAGAAAACGGAAAAUAUACAAAAACAAGCAGAAAAAAGCGGUGAUCCAAAUGCAGGAUAUGCAUGGACUUUAGAAUAUGGAGAGAAUUUAUAG